UCAAAUUUCAGCCUCCGGUCUCUCCGCGCUGCCAUACGUGCAGCGUGCGCGACAGACCGCGCGCGCAUCAAUCAUCAAUAAGACAUUCACCAUCACUGACUCGCAUCAGCAUACAGCGCGGCAAGGCUGAUUGGUGUUGUUGCUGCUCUUGUCUCAUCUCCAUCUUCUCCAUCCAUCGCGACGCAAUUACGUCUUUGCCUUUUAAUCCAUCCUCGCUUCACUCAGCAUCCCGUCUCCUCUCCACUCUCCCGCCUUCCCUCACUUACCGCCACCAGGUCCAAGUCUCCGCCUCGCAGUGGUACACGUCUUGACUGCCACUUGGUUCACUGCCUCGAAGCGGCGCAUUCAUACCAGCUACCUCUCUUCUCGAGGCUUUGCACACCUAACACGGCGCCCAUCGCCUCCGCAGACUCCUCAGACUCCUCAGUCGAAGUUCGACCCGCAGCGCAGAGGAUGGCGACAUCCUCCUCCUCCACAUCUAGCUCCUCAUCGAUGGCUCGAUGCAGCUCAGCUCCCGGCGGAUAUGAAGAGCUGCCUCUCUUGCAAAUCGUCUACGCAUCAUCCUCGCCCGAGCGCAGCCCCGCUGCAGCCAGCGUUGAGCAGAUCCUUCGCACAUCCAGACGAAACAAUGCAGCAGAGGACAUUACCGGCCUCCUCCUCUUUCACGACGGUAGCUUUGUUCAGUUCCUCGAAGGUCCUCCUGCCAAUGUGAAGCGCGUAUACGAGCGUAUCAGAAAGGACGAUAGGCACAGAGGUGUCAUUGAGAUCCUUAGCGUGUCCGUCGCCAAGAGGAGCUUUGCGGAUUGGAGCAUGGCGUACAGAGACUUGAGCGCUGCUCGUCAGGACGAACAGUCACCUGAAGAUGUCAAGAGGGUGGCAGGUGAACUCAGUCACAUUCUAGACUCACCCGAACCCAGUUUGACGCCGGACAUGUCUCCCAAGAUUCGCCGCUUGAUCGGCACGUUUCACCGGCUGUUGUCGACUUGACUAGCGUUGCCACGGCAACACACCCGCACGGUCCGCCCCAAACCGCUCUGCAAGACUAAUCGACAUGAGGUCUCACUCGCGACAAUCAUUGGCUCAUGGUCUCUCGACCUUCGACAUGCCCUUCGCUGCAUCUGUGCCCCGCUUUCUGCCCUUCUUUUUGCUACCACGCGCCACACCUUUUGAGCUGACCGGCUCGCGAUUCUUUUCGUGCACAUGAAUACACGCAUUCGCAGGCAUCCGCAAUGUUCUUUAGCCAUCCGUCUCAUGUUCCGCCUUAUGCGUCACCCGGUCUCGUCUCUGCCCGCGCAAUAUAAUACUUUCCGGCGGACGAUAUUGUUGGCCCCCUUCCCCUUUAUGUCUAUCAAUCUUUCCUCAGGCCUUUAGCAACUGGGGACACAUCGAGUGGAU